CUCUCGUCGUACGCUUCCUGACCAAACGGUUCAUCUGGGAGUAUGACCCAACAUUAGAGUCUACAUAUCGUCACCAAGCUACCAUUGAUGAUGAAGUGGUUUCCAUGGAGAUACUAGAUACAGCUGGUCAGGAGGAUGCUAUUCAGAAAGAAGGACAUGUGCGAUGGGGUGAAGGCUUUGUGCUGGUUUACGACAUCACGGACAGAGGCAGCUUUGAGGAAGUGCUGCCACUGAAGAACUUGUUGGAUGAAGUUAAAAAACCCAAAAAUGUCACCCUAAUCCUGGUGGGAAACAAAGCAGACUUGGAUCAUUCCAGGCAGGUCAGCACAGAGGAAGGUGAAAAGCUGGCCACAGAACUAGCAUGUGCUUUUUAUGAGUGCUCUGCUUGCACAGGAGAGGGCAACAUUAUGGAAGCCUUCUAUGAGCUCUGUCGUGAGGUGCGGCGUCGAAAGAUGGUCCAGGGCAAGACUCGGAGACGAAGCUCCACCACCCAUGUCAAACAGGCCAUUAAUAAGAUGCUUACCAAAAUCAGCAGCUAGAAAGAGCUGUACUAAGCUAGAGAAGCAGAGCACAUUUAAUUAAAAAUGGUCAAAGCUUUGCAAUUAAAAAAAUAGAAAAGACAAACCACACCACUUUUUUGAGUAACACAGGCUCAGACUUUUUUCCUGUUUCAAAAUGUAUUUAGCCACACUGCUUCUGACUGACAUG